UUAUGGCUCAGAAGCUUUGUGCCUGGGUGGGUGUGUGCGCACAGGGAAGAAAUACUCUUGUUUAUGGAUGCGAUUAGAGAUGAGAGUUAAAGCUCUUUCCUUCUUGUACUGUUGAUGUUAAGGCACACCUAUGAGGAUAGUAUGUUUAGAUAACAGUGCUUGAAUGCGAAUGAUUUAGAUUCGUCUUGGAAUUGCUCUUUUGCUUGAGAAUUUAAGAAGAUAAUUAUGAAGGAAGAAGCAUCUGACGUCAACGAUUUCCCCGAGAUGGCGCUGCAGUCACUCUCAUCGAAUGAGGCGGCGGAAGACGCGUCGCAGAGUUGUGAUUCUCCUCAGUCGACGAUCGUCAGUGGAGGAGUUGUGAACGAUGGAUUCGUGAGCGACGGUGAACAAGAAGUGGACGUUUGCUUUGUUGACGAUCGCUCCCAAGACAGGAUUAACUGUGGAUAUCCGAAGGCUGACAGUGGUGCAUUUUCUGAGAAUCGGAAUUCGUCAGCUAGAUUGUGUAUUGCAAGACGGAUAUACAGGCCGGGGAUAACUCCGCUCCAUCCACGUCGGUUGUGGUUCGAACGUCGCCACUGGGGUUCGAUCCUCCCCCGAGAAGCUCGAGACCACUUGCCUGGCAGCGUCCAGUUUCCGCAUCGGGAAGUAGGUCAAGCACACCUUGACUCGGAAGGUGGCACAUCGUCUACACCUCCUUCCAAGGUAGUGUACAAUAUCGGAGUGUUCUAUUCCGACACCGACCUCUGCGAGAAAUCGUCUGCCGAACAGACCGAAACCGGCGAUCAUGCGUCCGGCGAUGAUGCCGAUAAACAGAUAGUCGUCUGUAACAAUAUGACCAGCAAUACGGGAGUGGUGGGGGAGGGGGGAUUAAACCUCCCCCACGACCAACACACCCGGCGUUCUUCCAACAGUUGUCGGAGCACGAGACGCUUGACCACCCAUACGCAACUCACCCCGGAUACCUUUGCACCGCCACCGGACAGUCCAACACCUGAGAACAACACGUUGCCGGACAUACUCAACUCUCACAUGCCCCCGCCUUAUUCUACGUUGCCCCCUACAUCGGGGGGUCGGCGGCUUCCACCCCCUUCGCAUCCUCCCCCACCACCUCCCCCUGCAACUGCUUGUCCUCACUUGACCAAUAACCACCCCCGCAGGACGUCCCGGGGUGGAGCUGGUCGAAGUGGAGCUUUCAGGGGUUUCAAUUCUAGAGGGGACCGAGGCCGGAGAGGGGUGGUCCCCGGAUUUGCUACCAACCCCCCAGCAGCAUCCGAAUCGGAUGAACCGAAACACUGUUGUGGUGUAAUGGUCACUCAGACAGUGAGUAUCAGGUGGUUCAUAGUGAUGAUUGCCUUUGUUGGAUUGUGCUGUGCCAUUGUGGGUACUGUGCUUGGUGCACUCAAGGCCACAGGAAGGGAACACCUAACAGUAUCUCUGCUUAUGAUAGGUGUUGGCAUCGUGCUCAUCACAGUGAGUGGCAUCGCCUGGAGGCUGACGUCACACGAUGCACCUUCGUGCCGGGCUAUGCUGGGGCUGCAAAAUUCCGAGCAAGAACCUAACAGGAGGUUCGUACCUCGAGUACCGCCCUAUGGUAGACCUCAUCAUCCUUAUGCGGCGAUGAUGUACCCAGAGUUCCAGUAUCGUCCGCCUCCCCCUUCCUAUCAAGCGUCUAUGCAAGAGUACCGGCUCCGAUUGCUGCUCCUGGAUCGCCAACAGGGUUCGGGGGCCACCUCCAACACAGCCUCGGCCUUAUCGCCCGUCUCUCCUCCGCCCACCUACAGGUCGCACAACGCAGGAACGCUGCACUCCAGGCCGCCACUGACAUUGACAGACCGAGAAUACAGCAGACCUCCCAGCUACCGGUCCCGUGCCAGUUCUGCAGGUGUCCUGAGGCCGAGCACCGAGACAUUGUGUUCCCUUUCCACCCAGCAGCAGUCCCCCCAGCAACCGCAACCCCAGCUGCAGCCCGUUCCCGCCACUAGUCACAGCCGCAAUCCUUCUCUCAGUCUCAGCUUCCUCUCCCACGAGUCCCUUUUCUUGGACUCCGGACAUUCAAGGCCUGUCGCUGCCCAGGACCCAGUCCACUUUACUAGUCCCAGUGGCGAUUCCGUUGUAGGUGGACUUAGUGACGACAGCAGGGACGGCGGGUCGUCCACUUGGGACCGUGGAGGUGGGCCUUGGAAGCCUCUGCCUCAUGAUGUCAACGCCGUCACUAUCGUCCAGACGACGGAUUCGUCCCAAGUGCUCAACCGGGACACCGCUUCCGUCAUCCUUUCAGUCCCGGGUAGGGAAGUGCCUCAGAUGAGCGGCGGCUCGGCGGGGGAGGUAAGGAUUCUUGCUCACGUGUGACACGAACUCAAAACUCAUCUUGAACAAUUCUCAUCUGCUGUUGCAUCAACCAGCUGGGAGACCCACUGCAACAAUAUUGCUCGCAAUUACAACGUUGCAAAGACUUUCGUGUUUCAGAGUCUGGAAAAUUGCAGAGAUGCAGCUGCCAGGUUUCAAAUGCCCUAACUUGUUUGCAGGAAUGUUUUUUUAAAUAUUGCUGAACGUAUCUGAUAUUGAUGAGUACUGUAUGCAAAAUUGCAAUUGUCUCAUGAAGUUGUUGGUAUUGCUAAUGUAAGAUAAGCGUUCGAUCGCAUUUUUGAAAAGAAUCGUGCGUUGGUUGAUGCCGCCAUUUGCUUGUUGUUGGAUUUCUUGUGUAAAUUUUAAUUUCUCUAUUCAUUUUUGUUUUCUUCAUGCCAAAGAAUGCUCGAGUCAAAGUGGAAAGUCGUAAUAUAGUAUUUUAAUAACUUAAACUUUGGAAUCAAAUUAGCUUUGUAUGAUAUGAUCACAUACAAAUUGCAUAAUUCAGCUCAUAUUAUUUCAGCAAGAUUUUGUUAGCGAUCAUUUUUACCGCGCAAUAUGUUAACAGAAUUAAAAGUUGACCAAAAAAGAACUUAUUUGGCAGCCAGAAAUCGCUCAGUGAGUUUGAAUAAAUAUAAUAUACAAAACAAAUUAAAAAGUUCUAAUCAAGAUUUCUUUUUAUUUUUGGGAUUUUUAAAAAAUUACUAAAGAAUGAGUCUUAUUCUUUAAAUCCUUAUACAAUUUUCUUAAUUGUCUUCAAAUGAUUCUUUUAAAAGUGCAAAAGCAAUAAUUCACGUGUUGAAGUCCAGCAACUUUUAAAUGUGUUACAAGGUUUAGUUGAAUGUUUUGAAAUUUAAACAAUCGAUAUCAAUCAGACCUUUUAAACAAUAACCACAAAACUAAAUUGUAAUUUUCGAAUUUUAAUCUGGAGUAAUUUGUAAUCGAAAUGCAUUCAUAAUUAAAUACAUUCAAUGUUAAUUUUAAAAUAUAACGUUCUUAACAUAUUCUUUUUUUUUCUAACUCAUUGUGAAAGCCUCUCCCCCCCCCCCCCCCUCUUUUUUCAUUAAAAUCUGAGUACAUAAAUUCAAUAAAGCUGCGAAGAACCAAGUAAAAUAGUUAUUUUUUUAUGUCAAACCUAGUAUGAGUUAAAUUUUUUAAUGUAUUAAAUUUUAGUCUCUUGUGAAUUUUAUUUUUUGUAAUUAUUUAUUAUAAUAUUUCUGUAUUUAGAGCAUAUGUUUAGUUCAAGGUCUUAUUUUCAUCAAAUAGUAUUAUUUAUAAUUUUUGAAUAUUUUUAACUUAUUUUGGCAUAUUUGUUUGAUUGUCUAAUUUGCUUUGUUAAAGAGAGAUAUAUAUAUGAUAGUUAUUUUUAUAUUACAAUUUCAUAUCAAAACUCAGCUCAAAGACUUAAAUAGCACUGUUUCAUCUGUUACAGUGUUUAGUUGCAAUACUAUUAAAUAUUUUGUUUAUUAUAUAAAGAAAAUAUUAUAACAUUGUAUGUUCAGUCUACAUUCAAGAAGUUAUAGUAUAUUUAUUACGACUGCGUAUUACUUUUGUUACAAAGAUGUAAAUUAGAUUACUUUGUAUCAGUUAUUUAUAUUAUUCAGUAUUUUGUGUAGAGAUGUUGAGCUGUUGUUGACUGCAAAUUUUGUAUUAUGGUUUUGAUUUCAGCUUAUAUAGAAGAAUGUUUUAUAUGCCAAAUAUCAAAAUGAAAUGUAUGAAAUGGUUGUUCGACUUAUUUUGCUUGUUUUUGCAUUUAUUUGAAAGUAUUUGAUUUUAUUGCUGUGCGAAUGUGAUACAAUAAAGCACCGUUUAUUUUAAAGGAUUGACGUUGAACGACGUAUAAAUGAAAAGUCAUAUGCCAGGAAUUUUAGUAAUGAUUAGUGUGAUUAUUACAAAUGAAAGGCUACUAAUGCAAAUUCAUUUGGGAAUAAUAAUCUUAAAUUUAAAAAAUAGUGCUAAAAUAUUACUUAUUAUUGCAUAGUAUUAAAAGCAAUAGUUACAAUUAAAAGCUGAAAAUAAAUAGAAAAAGUGAAAAAAUUACUGCCCUAAUUCCUGUUAAUUAGUAUAACUUAUUCCUUUUCUUACUUUAUAUGAUUUAAGAGCUUUCAGGUAAGCUUUUAAUUAAAAAAAAAAAUCUUCUGCCGUGCUAAUUUCCCGUGAGUAUUUAGUACAGAAUUAUGAAUCGUUCAUUGAAUGGUAUUCAGUUAAUUAAUUCAGAAUUUAGUUUAUUUAAUUCAUUCCUUUUUAAGUUCUGUUCAUUACCAUCUGUUAGAAAGUGCCUGAUUAAGGCCUCUCAGCAUUUUAAGUUUUGGCGCCCCAUAUCCUUCAACUUCCAAAACCAAUAAUUUUGUAUUGAUUUUCAUUUUCAUUUGUAUUCAUUUGAGUAAUACAUUUUGACUAAUACAAAGAUAACAUUUAAUUUCGAGUAAAAAGAAUUUUCAAUAUCUCAGUUUUAAAAAUAAAUUGAAAUUUAAAAUUUAAAAGUUAUUUUAAACAAAAUAAUUAAAAAUAAUGCCUAAACUAUUUUAACACUGUCCAGAUGUUUUUUUAAUUAUAGGAUCAUUCCAUUCGAAAGCAAUAUAUUUGGUUAGAAUUAUAAAACAAGGUAACAUAAAAAUUGCAGAUGAUAAUGAUUAUUGAGAAAUGUUGUUAGAAUAUUGUUUCAGAAUUAAAACAACAUUUGGCUUUUUUUAAACGAUACUUCAUUUUAGUUCGAGUGUACAAUCCUAAAAAAAUAAAUGUCACAAAAAAUAUCUAAAAAAAAAAGGGGGGGGGAGUCGAGGGCCUUAAGGCUGCGGAGCCGUUAGGCAGCUUCCUGCUUUGCCUAUUUGAUUAUCUGGCCUGAUGUUAAUUCACCAAUCGUGAAUAAUUUCAGUGUCAUAAUAGUAUCAUGAUUUCAAAAUAACUUCUUCGUAAGUCAUGAUAAUGAUAUCAUGACUUAUCACAAAUAAAAGUUUCUCUCCUAGUAGAAACGGUGAAAUAGUGAUAGGAAAUUUGUAAAUUUUAGACAGUUAAAAUGAUGUCUAAUCAAAGAUUUACAUCUUUUUUGUUGUAUAAAUAAAAUAUUUUAUUAUUACAAAGAUUCCGAAGGAAUCGGAAUUAUGAUGAAAAGAUGUAUAAAUGAGAAAUGUACAAACGGUGCUUUACUGUAUUUGAUUUUAAUGCUGUGCGACUGUACUAUAUGACUUUCUUUUUUUUUCAAUUGAAGGGCAAAGAUGUGAUGCUAAUUCUGUCAUUAAUGAUGUGAAAAUAAGAAUAUACAUUGUAUCUGAGCAAAGUCUAUGCUUCUGUUCUACGAAUAGGUGCAUACCAUAUUCUCAUAAUUUUUUUUUUAUUUCACAUGACAUAUGAAUUUUUCCUAUUUGUAUCAUAGUCCAACAUUUGUAAAAAUCUCAUCGCUUGUAAAUAACAAAUCUUUUAGAAGCAUAGGACAAUUGACGAGACAAAAACAACUUUAAACUGAAUGUUUAAAAGUUUGCUGGAAAAAGUAUUUCCAUUUUUAGUCAAGAAAGGGUUGAUUUCGUACCCUUAAAAACGCACGGAGUAGCAAUGUCAUGAAAAAUGCACACUUUUCUAUUGAUUGUAGGCGACGUUAAGGCAACAUUUAAAUAAAGUGCUUUUCAAGUUUUCCUUGCAUAGAUUUCAAUUUUAAAUCAUAAUACAUAAUUCAUACAUUUUCAGCAUGCCCAAAAGGAAUGUAAAAAUGUCUAAACGGAUUGGAAUUUUUUUAAGUUCAUUCUUUUUGAUUAAGAGAAAAGGAAAUAUGAUUACGAAAUUCUAUAAUAGGUAACAUUUUUUGUGAAAUAAAACUUCUAUAUUAACUUCCGAAUAGAGAUGUAUUUUUUGAGAACGUUUACUUCAAUCCAUUAGUUUUAGUUUAUUCACAUAUCAGUCUUAUCAGAGUGGAAUUUAAUUUCUGACAAAUGGUAUUAACUUUUUUAAAUGCAGCGUGCUUGCAAAGUGUCAUGUUCGAAUGGAGCUUCAUAAUUUGUUUUCAUUGUAAGAAUACAUGCUGUUUGUGAUGGAUCUUUGUGCAUGUGCAUUAUCUCAUGACCCUAUGUAC